AGAAGAUUACCUUUGGGAAGAUUGUCAGAUAUUGAAAAGAAUAGUAAAAUGGCCUUUCUGACUUUACUAAAAUUUGCCUUAGCCUCUAGUGCAUUAUACAUAACCAAGGAACUAGGCUUAUGGGACACUGAAGAAAGGGCAAAAAUCCAUAAUGAGAAUCGAAAUAUUUUGCCCAAACUAAUCUUUUUUCGGUAAGGACGACAGCAAGCCACCGUGUGAACCAUGUGACCCAGAGUGGGCUAAAGAAUUGAAAUCAGCAUUAAGCGGCACAUGGAAGUCACUUCAAAAGAUACCCGGCCAUUGGCGUCGCUUCGGACAGCUUAUGCAAGACAAUUUAAAAAGUCUGUUUAAAACCGAUGAUGAUUAGUAGGCGGUACUAGCGGUACUACACUAAAAAUUUAAACAUUUUAAAUUAUAUAAAUUUUUUGUUGAUCGCUCGUGAAUAUUAUUUGCAUUAGGCUCAAUGGCCUGGCUGCUCACGAAAAUAGCUAUUGUAGCUGGAACCGUCUGGGCGACCAGGGAACUAGGUGUUUGGGAUAGCCCAGAUCGAACGACCAUAAUCUAUGAGGAUGCCAAAUUUCAAAUGCAGCCCUAUGUGGAGAAAAUGAAGCAGAAAUACUGUAAUGAGUUUUGCAGUGUCAAUAAGGACUCAACCAAAACAUGGCGCGAGUCAUGGAUCGAUGGAUGGAAUGAUAGCGUAAGAACCAGCUUUAUAGAAAUUAGUCGAAUGCCGCAAUACUGUUCUCGCUUCACCGAAGAUGUUCAAGACACUCUCAAUCAACUGAUCAACGGCAAACCACCAGCAAAGUAGGCCAACUCCAAGCAAUAUAAUAUUCAUUCCAAAUUUUCAGCAGUAAUAAAAAUUCCUAUACAUUUUUUUGGCACCUAAA